UCAAAACCCAAACCAAACCUCAAACUUCACUUCCCCUCAGAGAUUCUUCCGCUCCCAAUCCAAACCCCGAAAUGGGAUCCACCACGUCCCUCAACGACCUUCCUCCUCUCAAGAGACUCAGACUCAUGCAACAACAAGAACACGAUUUCGAGUCUUCACCUUUACCCACCAAAAAACGCAAGGAGUCACGAACCCAAUCUCCACCCUCUCCCACUAGAACCUUCUAUAACCACUCCCUCCCAGCCAAAAAACGCGUGUGGGCCCUGCAGCCCCAAGCCCCGCCCCCAAACGACGCCGUUUUAAACCCAAUCUUCUGUAGCUUAUGUGUUUGUGAUGCAACAGCAAAGAACAGCUAGGGAUGCUUGAGGGGUGAAAUUUGAUGAUUUCGGUUUGGUUUUGGUGUAGAUUGAAAAGUUGUGCUCUUGAAUUGAAUUUUUGUAUUUUUAUCCUAGGCAUGAUUGUAAUUAAUUUGUGUACCAAACUUUCGAAUUUUUGAGGAAUUUUGUCUCUGAUUAAUUUUUCUUGCAAAUUAUAUCCCUUAGCUUAGUGAUUGGUUUUGGUUGUUUUUUAUUUUCCUGUUGAAAGGAUUUGCUCCACUGAUUUUGGUUAUGGAAAGAUCUACUCACUUCUGAUUAUCUAUUUAGGCUUUGGAACAGUUCAGGAAGCAGCAAGUGGAUUUUUUGGUUGCAACAGAUGUGGCUACCCGUAAGCAGGACUGUUCAAUCUCUGUAUAUAUAGUAGUGCUUGUUGCGGUGAACAGCAGACUUAUCAUUGAGAAUUUAAUGAAGGCAAGCUCUGGUGAUGAUGAUGAAUCGGACAAGUCCAAAUCUGAAGUGAAUGAUAAAGAUGAUGAAGCUAGUGGAGAGAGUCCAGAUGGUUGCAUAGUGUCAUCAGCAGCAGCGGAUGAAACAUUGAGGUUUCGGAAUGUGUUUGGAGCACCAGCAGUAGCAACUAAAGCUGCACCAAAAGCUAGAACUGAGCCAUUUUCAAACGUGAAUUCAAUUAAUGCCCCUGGAGGUUUUCUGUUCGAGUGGUGGUCGGUUUUCUGGGAUAUAUUUAUUGCAAGGACUAAUGAGAAACACUCUGAGGUUGCUGCAUCGUAUAUUGAGGUUAGUGGUUGGAAAAGAAGAUUUAAAACCUGA